UUUUUGGUUGGCUUGAUUCAUCCCAGAAGUGUGAGACCGAAGACCGGCGCACAGAAGAAUCUUACUUUCUCAGCCCUUGCUUGAGUCAGGGCUUUUUGCGGACUAGGUCGAAACACGAGCCUUGCCCGAACAAGUCUGGCUUCGAUUCGAAUCAAGCAGAACCACAACAAGAAGACCUUGAAAAAACAUGCUACGCCUAGCUGUGAAACGAACUCAUACCAGUGCCAUACGCAGUCACCAUCGGCAUCGUCCAGGAGGCUCACAAUCCAAUGCGUUGUUUGACCUCCCCAGCUACGUCAUUUGUGACUCAAAGGCCAAGGGAGUCAUCCGAUAUGCUACCCAGGGUUUUCAGGACCUUUUUGGUUGCACGGCCAAUGACUGUGAAGGCCAGAAGUUGAGCCCAGCAAAUUUGCUCCAGUCCCAUGAACUGAAGAAGAUUUCUCUAGAGGCUGGGCUGUCCUGCAGUGAAGUGGCCACAAGCAUCCACCGAAUGACCCGAGCGGCAGAGGAGGCUGUGCAAUGCGCAGCUGGUACCUGCCAGGUACCGGCCCAUGUACCUGUUCUGCUGAGCCACAGCAGUGGAGAAUUGUUUGCGUGUGAGAUUAGUUGGCGCAAGAAUGUGCACCCAACCCUGGGUUGGUCUUAUCAUGCGGGCUUGGUGCAAAAGAUCUCAAAAGACAUUUCUGUCCAUGGCCUACUAGUAGCUGCUUCUCAGGAAACGAGUUAUGCAGAACUCCGCGCAGAGCGGGCUGAAACAAUUCAAGAUGGAUUCUCCCAAGAACUCGCUGAGGAACUGCAUGCCGCAGCCGAGAAGAUGUGGAAGGAUGAACUGGCGAAAGGCGUCAAAUGAUCUCAAAGGGCUAUCAAUGUCGGGCCGAAUGCGGUACCAAUGGAACCACAAAAAGUUGUCAUUUUCAGGAAACUAUCCAUUUUGGGUGGUCAACCUUUUGAUAUCAUACCUUUGUGAAUGGAGGGGUAAGAGGGU